AUGCCGUCAACAAUCGUUCCUCCAAAACCAAAACCCGUUAGGAGAAAGCCUCCUAAUCUCAUCACGGAUUCUGUAACUUCUCCGCCGGUGAAAGCUCAGGUGGUGUUUCGUAGUGGCGUUGCAGGCGAUCAAGAUGGUUCUUGCUGGGAGCUCAACGAUGGUUCCGGUAAGUCUCUCUUCUACCAGAUUCUGGCAAUGGUUCUUCCGGGAAUCACACUUGUAAGACCUGAGGAAUCAACAGAAACACUGCGGAAACUUAAAGAAGGCUUCAUAAAGUCUUUUUCUGUGUCACUUGUCGUUGUGGAUGAGGCACACUGUGUAUCAGAAUGGUCUUCAUACACGAGACUCAAGGCAGAUUGCAUUCUCGCAAUGACUGCAACCGCCACUACUAUGACUCUUCAGGCUGUCAUGUCUGCACUAGAGAUACCGUCAAACCAAUCUUAUUCAGAAAUUGAAAGAUGGAGUCUCAUCCAUAUAACAAGAUUCGGAGCAUCAUUGUGUACUGCGAAUUUCAGUAUGAGACUUAGUAUUUACGCGACAACAACGUCAAUGCGAAGGAGUCAUUUUGCUCCAAACAAGAUUAAAGUGGUGAGAAAUAAGUUCAUUGAUUUCCAUACACCCUUACACAUGGGGGAAGUGCAAUACCUACGUAUGCUUCCUCAGCUUAACGUAUGCUGGACUCUGAAUUUCCACAAGGUCUCACGUGAAGCAAGGGUUUACAUGUCUUCGAUAUACCAGCGGUGGCCUCUAGCGUAGGUCUUGCAACAACAGAUGUCUUGACUGAGAUUCAAACUCUGAAGAUGAAGGGGGAAGUUACAUAUGAGAUGAAGGACCCUGCCUUUUGUUACACAAUCUUAGAAUCUCCAAGGGGAAUAUGCUCGUUGUUCAGUCAUCUUACCAAGUGGCUCGCAGAGGUUGAAAUUUGCAAAGUGAGAAAACUAGAUAUUAUGUCAAUACUUUCAGAAGUUAGUUCUGGUGCCAAGCAAAAUCAGAGCCUACAAAGCAGAACUUUGGAGAAGAAAAGUGUGGCAUUCUGAGCACGACAACUCAACAACUGUAGGACUUUUCUACGAGCAGAUAUAAAGGUGAAGAUCCAAGAAGCCACAUUGUUACUUUUUUAUUCUACUUGAUGAACAAGUAUGGCGAGUCUAAAUGGAUCACACUUGAUCACUGUCGCUGAGGUAACUUUUCCUGCUUACUUCAGAGAAAAUGAUAGAUACCAAUUCCAUAGCGAAGAAUACGAGAAUUUGAGUAGAUUCUGUUUUCUUUUCCUUUUUUAGUUUGAACUGAUCAUUCAUUGUUAUUCAACAGUAAAAAUAAUAUAAAUCUGAAUCUUGUUUUGUG